UAAACUUUUCAGAUGACUUUCCCUGUAGACUUGAGAUCUUCACUAUAAAAACGUAGCCGCCUCUCUGUUCUGUUUGACGCCUGAAACUGAAAAAUCUAAAAUCCUCUCUUCCUGCGGAUUUUAGAUACCCCAUUUCAGGAAUUUAGGAUCAGAGGAAGGUUCUUCUCUUCAAUCCCAGGCCAAUUUUCCUGAGAUUCGAUUCCCCAGGUUGAGAAUUUCGGGAACUAGGGUUUUAUCAUUUUCCACAAUUUUUUUUUCUUUUGAAUUUGUGAAAAAUGUCCCAGCUCAAGACAGCCUCACACAUUGACGACAUUCCAUCCACUCCAGGCAAAUUCAAGACCGACAAAUCUCCCUACUUUCAUCGCCUCAGGAUCUACUCUACUCUUUCCAAGCUCACUCUGUGGUCUUCCUUUUUCUUAAUCUUCGUCCUUUUCUUCGUGUUUGUCUCCCGUUCUUCUUCUCCGGCCACCGCCACCGCCCCCGCCCGCCGUGCCCUUGGCGACUCAUGGGGCGGACCCGCCUGGGAAAAGCGAGUCAGUAAAUCGGCGCGUAGGAGCUCGGCUUCUGGUUUCACUGUGCUUGUUACUGGGGCGGCUGGUUUUGUCGGCACCCACGUGUCCCUGGCGUUGAAGCGGCGUGGUGAUGGCGUCCUUGGGUUAGAUAAUUUCAACCGUUACUAUGAUCCGAACCUCAAACGCGCUCGCCAGAAGCUUCUUGAUCGUGCCGGAGUCUUCAUCGUCGAGGGAGAUAUCAAUGAUUCGGUGCUUCUUCACAAGCUUUUCGAUGUAGUACCGUUUACCCAUGUAAUGCACCUUGCUGCACAGGCGGGUGUACGGUUCGCGAUGCAGAAUCCCAAUUCUUAUGUUCACAGCAACAUCGCUGGGUUUGUGAAUCUUCUUGAAGUGUGCAAAUCAGCCAAUCCGCAACCUGCAAUCGUGUGGGCGUCUUCUAGCUCUGUCUAUGGGCUUAAUUCCAAGGUACCUUUCUCGGAAAAAGACAGAACAGAUCAACCGGCCAGUUUGUAUGCUGCCACUAAGAAAGCCGGUGAAGAAAUUGCACAUACCUACAAUCAUAUAUAUGGUCUUUCAGUUACUGGUUUGCGGUUUUUCACGGUUUAUGGUCCUUGGGGUCGCCCUGAUAUGGCCUAUUUCUUCUUCACGAAAGAUAUUCUUAAAGGAAAGCAUAUUACAAUUUUCGAGGCUCCUGGUCAUGGAACAGUUGCGAGAGAUUUUACCUACAUUGACGAUAUUGUGAAAGGCUGUUUGGGGGCCUUGGAUACAGCCAAGAAAAGUACUGGUAGUGGUGGGAAGAAGAAGGGGCCUGCACAGUUCAGAAUUUUUAACCUGGGUAAUACUUCACCAGUGCCUGUGAGUGAGCUUGUGAGCAUAUUGGAGAAGCUUCUAAAAGUAAAGGCUAAGAGGAAAGUGUUGCCGAUGCCAAGAAAUGGUGAUGUUAAAUUCACACAUGCUAAUAUUAGCUUGGCACACCGGGAACUUGGCUAUAGGCCUACCACUAAUUUGGAGACAGGACUCAGGAAGUUCGUACAGUGGUAUCUGGAGUUCUAUUCCGGAUCUAAGAAGAAGAGUUCUUGGUGAUUUUUUUUCAUCUUUUUUCCCCCUUUUUUCGUGUCAUUUUUUCACACAUCUGUUGUCUAUGUGCUCCUUUGAAAUCUUUCAUGUUUCCUUCCUUGUGCCUUAUACAAAGGAGAUGUUAUACCUGCAGUGCAUUGUUUUGCUGUUGAAAAGAAUAUGAUUGCAGGCUUACGGUUGUAUCAAGUAAGAACUAGGAUAUUGGUAAAUGCUUUUCGCUUCAUAUCUUACUUUGUUUGCAUCUUAUGUUGUGUGGUAUUCGAGGUUAACCAUUGUACAGUCUUAUGGAGAGAUCAAAUCGAUAUUCCUUAUUUGUGGAGCCUGUC